AUGACAAACUUAGAAAACAUCUGUGGCAAGUUUAACUCCUCAAUAGAGAAUAUGAAACUUAUAGUUUGCAAUGAACUUCAAAGUAUAGAUACAACAAAAGUUUUGAACUCAGAUGCUUUGAAGAGUCUUAUAACAGACAAAGUUGGAGUUGUUGAAAGAAAGUAUAAAGACCAAAGAGUUUGUGAAAAUGUUGCAAACUUCAUUAUGGUUUCAAACAAUGCUGUUCCGAUGAAGUUAGAAAGUUCUGACAGAAGAUAUGUAGUUGUCAGAACGUCAGAUUCUCAUAUGCAAGAUACAGAAUAUUUUGACGACUUAGCAGAAACUUUGACAUCUGACUUUUACAACCACUUGUUCUCAUAUUUUAUGACAUUAGAUAUUUCUAAGUUCAAUCCAAGACAAAUUCCACAUACCGAAGAGAGACAAACAUUGUUAGAAGCAAACAAGAGUGUAUAUGAACUGUUCAUAGAUGAAACUGACUUUGUGUCAUUAGAUGAAAGGUCAUUGUACGAUUCGUAUAAACAAUAUUGUCAAGAAUAUGGUUAUAUGACAGCUUCUAAACGAACAUUCUUGGCAAAUGUCAAAAGUCUUUUAGACGUACAGAAUGGUGUAUAUACAAAGAAAAAUUUUUCUGAGUAA